UGAAGAAGUGAAUCUGGACGAAGAACUAAGACCGUCAAUUUUGGAACUUGAACCAUUAAAUUCAUCAAAACAAAUAUAUUCAAAUAUCUUAUUUUCGAAUUCUUGCUUGUAUUUAAGCUUCUUGAUUCACCAAGAAAACGAGCUAUUUUUCAUUUCUUUUUCACAUUUUUCUCUUCCUCUUCUUCUUCGGGGUCAUUAAGACAUGAAGUUAUUCGGAUGGAUGCAGAACAAGCUACAUGGGAAACAAGGGAACACUCAUAGACCAAGCAUAUCUUCUGCUUCUUCUCAUCAACCCAGAGAGGAGUUCAGCGACUGGCCUCAAGGAUUACUUGCGAUUGGAACUUUCGGUAGUGUGGCCAAAGAGCAAACACAAAUACAAGUUGUUCAAGAAGUGUUCAAAGAGGAGAAUCCCUCUGACGUGAACAUGGAAGCUCAUAGAGAUCAAGAUCUUUCUUUCUCCGGUGAUCUUGAUGAUUUUACUCCCGAGGAAGUCGGGAAACUGCAAAAGGAACUGACCAAGCUCUUGACAAGAAAGAACAAGAUGAGGAAGUCUGAUGUAAAUAGAGAACUUGCGAAUCUUCCUUUGGAUAGAUUCUUGAACUGUCCUUCGAGUCUUGAAGUCGAUAGACGAAUCAGCAACGCGCUCGCUAGUGGUGGUGAUUUUGAUGAGAACGAAGAAGAAAUGGAGCGUACAAUCAGUGUUAUCUUGGGAAGAUGCAAAGCUAUUUCUACAGAGAGCAGCAAUAAAAAGAAGAAGAGUAAGAGAGAUUUGAGCAAAACCUCUGUUUUUUAUCUUUUCAAGAAGAUGUUUGUAUGUUCAGAGGGGUUAUCUCCUCUUCCCAACCCUAGCUUGAGAGACACGUUUCAAGAAUCAAGAAUGGAAAAGUUACUGAGGGUGAUGCUACACAAGAAGAUUAAUGCUCAAGCUUCCUCGAAGCAAACAUCAACAAAGAGAUACGUGGAAGAUAAGCAACAGCUUUCACUAAAGAACGAGGAAGAAGAAGGAAGAAGUGGUGAUGGGAGCAAAUGGGUUAAAACAGAUUCUGAUUUCAUUGUUCUUGAGAUCUGAUCCCAUUUUCCAUUCUUCAUGUUCUUACAAGAAAAUACAGGUAGAGAGAAUCUCAGUGGUAUCAAGACAAACAAAAUUCAAAAAAGAAACGAUCAAUCAACUUUCUUUUUCUUUCAGAUGAAAGUUUUUAGGUAUCUAUUAGUAGAGCCCAUGAGUUUCUUCUGUUUUUGCAUGUUUGAGUCCAUAAACAAACAUGUUCUGGAAACUACAACAUUAGAAUACAGUACAUGAGAUAGUUAUAUGCCUACAUGCAUGUAUGUAUAUAAAGAGAGAAUUGUAUAUAUACAUACAUGUACGUAGUUUUGUAUUUUUCAG